GAAAUUCAAAGCAUAGAAAGUGGAGGGAAAAUUGAAAUCCCUAAUCCCCAAAAUCCAGACCUGCCGAUUCCAGGCGAACCCAACUGACGCGAAUCUUCAUUCUUCUCCAAUUCCUCUUCAACCGUUUUCUUCUUCUUUCCACUGCUUAUGAACUUCUGCUUUUGCUGAAUCCAUGGCUGAACCCUUGACUCCAAACCCUAAGCAAAGGCUCGCUUCGACGCCAACUCGAAUCCAGCCUCUGGCGAGUCCCUCCUUCUUCUUGGGAUCCAAUGACGACAAGUUGGAGCGGCAGCAGGCGCGCGCUGCCAGAGCCGCCGCUAGCCGCCGUAAGUCUGUUGCUUUCGCUUGCGCUCCACCACCGGAGAAGGAACUCGAUCCCUGUUUCGACAAACGGCAGAUCCUCGAGUUGUUCCAGAACUGCAUCAAAUUGUCAAGUGAAAACAAAAUCAAUCAAAAGAAUACGUGGGAGCUGAAUUUGAUCGACCAUCUCUGUGAGAUUAUUAAGGUUGAAGAAGAGGACACUGCUGAAACAAAUUUUCAAAAGGCAAGUUGCACUCUUGAAGCUGGAGUUAAGAUUUACUCAUUGAGGGUGGAUUCAGUUCAUUCUGAGGCAUAUAAGGUCCUGGGUGGAAUUAAUAGAGCGGGCCAGGAUGACAGUGAGGACAGCACAGUGGAGGCUAAUGCAGGUUUGGUAGAUGAUGAGAGUAACCCAAAGAAACAGACUGAGAAAAAGAUAUCACCUUUAUCAACGCUGGAACCUUCUUUCGAGGCUCUUAAUGUAAAGAAGUUCGAUGUGGCAUUUGCUGUGGAUCCACUUUAUCAUCAGACAUCAGCACAGUUUGAUGAAGGUGGAGCGAAGGGGUUGUUGCUAAACAAUUUAGGAGUUUAUGGUGGGUGCCAAGUGCUUUUUGAUUCACAAGAAAUUCCUGGAAAGCUUGUUUCAUUCGCAAAUCAGCCUGAUAGAUCAGAAACAAUUGACAUAUCCUUUGCCAAAGAAUAUGUGCAACAAAUGGUGCUAAACAUGCGAGUGAAGGAUGAGAUUUCACCAUCUCUUCAGACUAUAAUAAGUCAAUUUGAUGAAGAGAAUCAAAGGCCUCUUGAUACAUUUUCUUGUGGUCAGAAAUUGACUGAACCAGUUGAUGCUUCACAAAGUGUAACGGGUUACGUAGACGAUGACGAGGCAUAUGAGAACUUUGAAACUUAUUCUUAUGAUCAUGAGGGUUACCCUAGCACUGUUGAGGAACAUCUUGGCGUCAAUGAUGCCGAACCAACAUAUUCAAAUUAUCAUGAGGAAGUCGAACCAUCAUCAUUCCAAGAGCCAGAUUUAGGUGACAGAUUUGAGAAUGUUGAUGAAUAUCUGUUUUUGAGUUUGGGAUUUUCGUCGAAACAAAAUUCUUGGGCAGGUCCUGAUCAUUGGAAGUUCAAAAAAACUAAAGGCCCAGAGGAUCAUCUUGUUACAGAGAUUGGAUCUCCAGUGCCAGAAAAGAAACCACGGAGAAAAAAGCAAGCAGAACCUGAACUAGAUUUUACAAAAGCUUUGGAUGAAGAAACACCUGAUAUUUUUAUGCCUCCAAAAAACCCAAAGUCGUUACUUCUGCCAGCAAAUAGAGUGCCUUGUCAGACCAAGCUUCCCGAAGAUUGCCAUUAUCAACCUGAGAAUCUCGUUAAACUAUUUCUACUGCCAAAUGUGAUGUGCCUUGGGAGGAGGAGAAAAUUCUCAGGUGAAUCAAGGCAGCAGGAUGAUUACCAACCUGUGGAACCAUGGGACAAUGAGAAUGCAUUUGAUGGUCCCUUUGAUAAUGGAAAUGAUCAAAGUGAUGUGGAGGAUGCCAAUUCAUUAGUCUCUCAGCCACCCCAGGUCAACAAAAUCGAGGUCCAAUACGAUAAAACUUCAAAACAAGUUGAUGUGCAAGUACUCAAGGAAACUCUUUGGGACUGCAUUCAAGAAUCUCCUGAACCUCAUAGUCAGAAGGAUGAGGAUGACGGAAAAGAAAUGAGAUCAUUCAAGCAACUAUUGGAAAGCUUCCCAAGUGACUGUCAAGCGGCAAGGAGCACCCGAGACAUCUCCCCUCACCUUUGUUUCAUCUGUUUGCUCCAUUUGGCCAACGAGCACGGUCUCUGCCUUCAGGACAACUCGAACCUAGAUGAUCUUACUAUUAAAAUUCCUAUUUCAAGUAGGGAAAUAGAGAAACUGUGAAGAGAGAAGAAGGUUGAUGUUUUUUCCUCUCUCUAUGUGUGUAUUCAAGAAUUCUCGGUGGAUUUCCUCAUCUGCUGACUGAAUGAUUAUGCUGUGUAGUUCCUUUUACUUUCCACACAAUUGAGAUCGUCGAAGGAAAGACGUGACCCUCUGUGUUGUGCCAUUAUUAGUUUGUGAAGAACUUUGCUAGCCAGACAUAGAUGCUUGUUCGGUUUGGUGUAAAAUAACUUUAAAUGGCAUCUCAUCUUCAUUUUU